GCCGUAGAAAGGCCUGGUUAUAAAAGGGAUCGCGGCAAGUUGUUCGAUCAGUCUGGUAGUGGUUCAUCGUCGAGAAGUCGUCGUGUCAGUGGUGCGAAAGAGCAGAUAUAGAAACGCGCGAAACAUGUCUGCUGCUGGGCCGGAAAUAGUCGCCGGAUCGAUGGCGGCCGCCUCGGCCACCGGCUUCUCGGCCACCACCGUCUUUCUUUCCCUUCUGAUCCCUGCCGUCGUACUCUACUACAUCUACUUCCGCAUCUCCAGACGCCACAUGAUCGAAUUGGGCAACAAACUGCCCGGCCCACCCGCAUUGCCGAUACUUGGCAACGCUCUCGAAAUGCUCGGCAGUCCCGAUGCGAUCUUCCAGAAAGUCUACCAAAGGUCGUACGAGUUCAACGACGUGGUGAGGCUCUGGGUCGGACCGAAGCUGUUGGUCUUCUUGACGGAUCCGCGGGACGUCGAGGUGAUCCUCUCCAGCAACGUGUACAUCGACAAGUCGGCCGAGUACAGAUUCUUCAAGCCCUGGCUCGGAAACGGUCUCCUGAUCUCCACCGGUCCGAAAUGGCGCGCUCACCGCAAGCUGAUCGCCCCGACCUUCCACUUGAACGUCCUGAAGAGCUUCAUCGACCUGUUCAACGCGAACUCGCGCGCGGUCGUCGAGAAGAUGCGCCAGGAGGGCAACAAGGAGUUCGACUGCCACAAUUACAUGUCCGAGCUGACGGUCGAGAUCCUGUUGGAGACCGCGAUGGGCGUCUCGAAGAGCACCCAGGACAAGAGCGGCUUCGAGUACGCGAUGGCCGUGAUGAAGAUGUGCGACAUCCUUCACCUGCGUCACACGAAAAUCUGGCUGAGGCCCGACUGGCUGUUCAAUCUGACCAAAUACGGCAAGGACCAGAUCAAGCUGCUCGAGGUCAUUCACGGUCUGACCAAGAAGGUGAUCCAACGCAAGAAGGACGAGUUCAAGAGCGGCAAGCGCAACCUGAUCGACACGAGCGCGCAAAAGGUCGGUCAGCGGACCGUCGUUCCGCUUCGAAUUCACCGCGAUCGUCCACGAGAUCCGUUCGUCAACGGGGUUCUCUCGUUACAGCCGGAGAAAACGAUCGCCGUGGAGGGCGUCUCGUUCGGUCAAUCGGCCGGCCUUAAGGACGAUUUGGACGUCGAGGACGACAUCGGCGAGAAGAAGAGGCAGGCUUUCCUCGACCUCCUGAUGGAGGCUGGACAAAGCGGCGUGGUGCUGACCGAGCAGGAAGUCAAGGAACAAGUGGACACCAUCAUGUUCGAGGGACACGACACGACCGCUUCCGGAUCCAGCUUCUUCCUCACGAUGAUGGGCUGCCAUCCGGACAUCCAGGAGAAAGUGAUCCAGGAAAUGGACGAGAUCUUCGGCGACAGCGACAGGCCGGCCACCUUCCAGGACACCUUGGAGAUGAAGUACCUGGAACGUUGCCUCCUGGAGACGCUUCGCAUGUACCCGCCCGUGCCAAUCAUCGCCCGGCAGAUGAGCACCGACGUGAAACUGGCGUCCGGCGAUCACGUUGUGCCGGCUGGCGCCACGGUGGUGAUCGGCACGAUCAAGAUGCACCGACAGCCGCACAUCUACCCGAACCCCGACGUCUUCAACCCCGACAACUUCCUGCCGGAGAACACGGCGAACCGCCAUUACUACGCGUUCGUCCCGUUCUCCGCCGGGCCGCGAUCCUGCGUCGGCCGUAAAUACGCGAUGCUCAAGCUGAAGAUCGUCCUCUCGACCAUCAUGAGGAACUUCCGCGUCAAGUCGAGCGUGAAGGAGUCCGACUUCAGGCUGCAGGCCGACAUCAUUCUGAAGAGAGCCGAGGGAUUCAAGAUCAAGCUCGAGCCGAGGAAGACGGUGGCCGCGACCGCUUAAAAGUCUUAGGGAAAUUUUUUUAGACGUCGCUGCGUUGAUCUUUUAACGUUUAUUAUUAACUCAGGAGAAAGAAUAAUAUAGAGGGCGACCGCCUUCUAUGAGAAAAGAAUAAUCGAACAGAUUUCCUAUUUCGCGUCGAAGAAGGUCACUCGGAACGUUUAUUAUUAUUACUAUUAUUAUUAUUAUUAUUAUUAUUAUUACUAUUAUUAUUAUUAUAUAAUUA